GUCGAGGUUUAAUGCAAAUUUUAACGGGAAAGUCUGUAUUUGAACAAAUAUUACGAACAUGCAAAGGAGCAUUUCACUGCUUGCUACCAUUGAAGCCUGACGCAGAAUUCGUAUUAGCUUUGGUAAAUUCAGGAAUAUAUACUUCUAAUAAAUUUCUUUAAAUUUAUAUUUUACUUAGGAUAAACGGUGUGUCUUAAAAUAUUUUAGGAUUGUCUCCUAGCAACAGAAAUUAUAUCUGUCUUCAAUAUCUUUUUAAAGCAAUACAUCUUUUUACAGAUAUCCUAAAGCCAGACUGAUUGUUCACUUUGUAAUCAACCAUGAAACUGAUAUUACAUUGUGCUGUUAUAUUCUUAGCAUGUGCUAUAACCAUUUUCACAGGUCCUGAGACUGCUGCAGAUGCCAAGCCCAUUCCUGGAUGUGCUUCAAAUACAGAGUGUCCACAAGGAAGAAGAAUUUCUAGACAUGUGCAGGGUCAGCCUGAGCCGCGAAGUGAAUCAAGCAACCCGGACUCGGACGAUGAUUCAUCAGACUUAAACCCAGAAUUAGACGGGUGUAGUACAGACCCUUGUAAGAAUAAUGGUACAUGUGUAGAGGGUGCAGACAAUUACACAUGCAGUUGUAAUGAUGGUUUCAGAGGCAGAAACUGUGAAGAAGCAGCAUGUCCAGAGGAAGGAUGGUUCUUUUUCAAUGGUAGCUGUUAUUAUCUUAGUGACGUGACUUUAGAUUGGCUAUCUGCUGUUGCUGCCUGCAAUGAAACCGGUGCAUAUCUUACAGAAAUCCAGAGUCAAUCAGAACUGGAUUUUUUGAUUACGAUAACUGAUGAGUAUGACUUUUUUUGGAUUGGACUGAACGAUAGGAAGAAUGAGGGCGAAUUUGUAUGGCAUAAAUCAGGGGAUCCACUGUCUUUCAUUAGUCCGGAAUAUUAUUUCGGCGCCUACAGGCCUAGUUCCGACUGUGUUGUCGCCUUCGAAUCCUACUACAUAAACGCCUACUCUAGCCGUGUGUACUACCACAGAUGGUUGGAUUCCGACUGUGACCUUCAAUAUUUAUAUAUCUGUGAAAAGGAACCUAUGUUUGAGUCCUAGAAAUGUUUAAACCUUGCUAAUUGGUUUUGAUAGAUUAGCAGAGAAAGAUGUUAACCUUGAAGGACGAAAACAGGAAAUUUUGAAAGAGUUUAAUAUUCAGUGGACUUAAACAUUUUUUGGCAUUUUGUCAUUAGACUAAACAUCUUUGUUACUAUGUAUUCUUUUUAAUUUAGAAAAACAAAAAUCAGUUCUUCAUUCCAUUUUCUAAGUAAUAAAGCAUUAAAUAAUAACAAGAGCUGUCCGUAAGACAGCCAAGCUCGACUAUUCGAAAUAUUGUCACAGAAGCAGGGAAUUAUUACCCAAAAUGUUAAAUAUCAAAAGAGUUUUAAGUUCGAAACGGGACAUAAUUUGACCAAAAUGCAUAUCAGAGUUAUGGGACUUGAUGCUAUCAACUAGUUUAAUAACCCCGAAGAAACAUUUUAAGUUUCAAUUCCAUAUCUGCAUUAGUUUUGGAGAUAGUAACUUGCAUGUAAAACUUUAACCAGAAUUUUCUAAGUCCAAAAGGGGGCAUAAUUUGCUCAAAAUACAUGUUAAGAACUUAAGAGUUAUGGAACUUGACCCAGUGAGGUUGGUAACUGACCUAGAAAAAGAAUAAAUAAGUUUCAAAGCUAUAUGCCUUUUGGUAAUAGCUGUAUGUACUUGCACGCAAAACUUUAACCAGGAUUUUGUAAGUCCAAAAGGGGGCAUAAUUUGCCCAAAAUACAUGUCAGAGUUAUGGGACUUGAUUCUAUCAACUAGCUUUAUAACCCCGAAGACACAUGUGAAUUUUCAAUUUAAUAUCUGCAUUAGUUUUGGAGAUAGUAACUUGCAUGUAAAACUUUAACCAGGAUUUUCUUAGUCCAAAAGGGGGCAUAAUUUGCUCAAAAUACAUGUCAGAGUUAUGGGACUUG